AUGCCGGUCCCAGGCGCGCUCAUGAAACCACCGCCCAUUCAGUCCACAGCUGGCGCCGUCCUGGUUCGAAAUGAGAAAGCUGUGAAGGCCAAGCUGUGCAGUUUCAGUGGGUACAAGAUCUACCCCGGACACAGGAGGUGCUACACCAGGAACAACGGGAAGGGUUUCCAGUUUCUUAAUGCAAAAUGCAAGUCGGCAUUCCUUUCCAAGAGGAAUCCUGGGCAGGUAAACUGGACUGUCCUCUACAGAAGGGAGCACAAAAAGGGACAGUUGGAAGAACUUCAAAAGAAAAGAACCCACUGUGCAGUCAAAUUCCAGAGGGCCAUCACUGGUGCAUCUCCUGCUGAUAUAACAGCCAAGAGGAACCAGAAACCUGAAGUUAGGAAAGCUCAACGAGAACAAGCUCUCAGGGCUGUCAAGGAAGCAAGAAAUUUGAAGCAAACAUCUGAAAAGGCAGCAAUGGCUGCUGCUAAGGCUCCCACAAAGGCAGCACCUAAGCAGAAGAUGGUGAAGCCUGUGGAGGCUUUUGUUCCCUGUGUUGAUGGAAAAUGCUAA